AUGCUCGGACAAUUCAAAAGCCUCAGAGCUCCGGGUACGUUCCCCGAUGGGACCGUGUCGGCCGGCCGGGCGGGAGAUCAGACCCGGCAGGCAAGGAGGGCGUAUCGUUCCCUCGUGAUGAUUGUUAAGGUUGUUGGCAUGACUCAGGAUAGCUUGUUUCUACCGAGCCAUUGGCUGAGGAAUGGAGUUUAUGAUGGCGGCGUCUGGAACACAACGAGCCAUCGAAACACCUGCGAGGCUACAGAGGCUACAACACUCCACGUCGUGCUCGUCACAGCCGCGGGUUUCCUAGUUGAGGAUGACACGCUUCUUCCACGUCAGCAGCAAGAUACCGAGUUGGCCAUUCGAUGA